AUGGAUCACAAGGAGCACACGAAGGUUCUGGCUCACAGGGUUCACAAGGGGGAUACUCCGUGUAAGAAAUUUGAGGAUCUGGAUCAGAAAGGAAGGCACCGUGGCAAUGCUACCGUACCAGUACCGUACCGUACCAGUGGGGCCACCGUAUGCAUUGGAAAGCAAGGAGAGCCUUGCAUCUCUCCACCGUCGAUAUGCGUUCCGCAGCUAGUCCCACCUUGCGUUAGACCUGCCCGCUUGUACACACCACCAUGUAUACCACUCAGCCUCUCACCUUGUCUACCGUGGCCUGAACCUUGCCCUCCGUGCUCCGAUCCUUGCCCACCGUGCCCAGAACCUUGUCCACCGUGCCCUGAACUUUGUACACCGUGCCCUGAACCUUGUCCAUCGUGCCCUGAACCUUGUCCACCGUUCACUGAACCUUGUUUCAAACCAUGUUAUUCUCCGUCGUCUUGCUAUUAA